AUGGAAUUCUAUUUUAGUGCCAUUAAUUUAUCUACGAAUACCAUUAAUACAACAAAAUAUCAAAGUGAUUAUGAUACACCAAUUCGUCUAUGUUCAUCUAAAAAACGUGUUCGACAAUUAUCAGCAACGCCUGAUGUUCAUUUUUAUAAAAAAUCUAAAAGUACAAAUGAGUUGUUGGAUCGUCAUCAGCAACAACGACAACGUCGUCAAUUAAAACAACGAAUCGGAUCAGAUUUUAUAGACCGUGAAGCAGUACUUGAUUUUACAGAAACUGGUGUUAUUAUCUCAUCGGAUGAAGACGAUGAAGAAAAUGAACAAGAGGAGAACGGAUUUAUCGAUGAUCGAUUUCAUUUGACACAAGCAGCUGAUGUUGAUAUGACACAAGUAUAUUUAACAAGUGUCAAGAGUCCAUUUAGACCGAAACAUAUUCAGAGAGAAGAGAAACAAGUAUCAAUUCUAGAAUCAAUGAUUUAUUCGCAAUUUCCAACGGAUUCGAUGAUCAAUGAAACAUACGAUGAUGAUGAUGAUUUUGUAGUAAAAAAUGAUGUGGAAGUGUUAAAUAAUUAUGAUGGUGAAGUUGAUAUGGAAGAAUUAGUUGAUAUUCUUGGUACACAAUCGGCCAUUCAUCAACAAAAAAUAACAAGAAGAGGAAAAGUGUAUGGACGAACAACACCAAAACAAGCACCACAACAACGUCUUCGACGUGUUAUGUGUGCUCAAAGUCCACCAAAUUCACCAAAAAUUGAACAUCCAACAUCUUCAAUUGAUAUUAGCGAUGAUAAAUCUACAGCAGCUGAUAUAUCAUCUACUCAUCCAUAUCCAAUAUUUAUUGAUGUUAAACAAUUGGCAACUUGUCAAGAAAUUAUCAAUUGUCUUCGUACAAAUACUCAACUACCUAUCAAUGUUAAUAUUGAAUCAUUGGGAAAUUAUAAUUCAAUAUCACCCUGUUUUAUUUUAAGUACUCGUUUGUACGUUGAACAUGUUCAUUUAUCAGAUGUACACACUUCAAAUCGUUCACAAUUUGAUAUUUUAAAAAAAAUGAAACAAAAUGGAUAUUAUGAACAUUUGGCUAUUAUUAUCGAAAAAGAUCGAAUUAAAACACAGACAACAUUUGUUAAAUCAAAAUCAAAAAUGGAUAAUUUAGCAUCAACAACAACAACAUUUUUCAAUGGUAAAUCCAUGUCAAAAUAUUUUUCAAUGUUAUUAACCGAUUUGUUAUUAUUCGAUAUUCGAUGUUAUUUCAGUGAAAAUAGUCAACAAACAUGUUCGAUUUUAAUAAAAUUGAUACAAAAUGAGAAAAAUGACAAUUGCUCGAUUAAUAUUGAAAAACUACGUCAACGAUGUUUCAAUAAAGAUGAAAUAAAAUUGUAUAUGCAAUUACCUUAUAUUGAUUAUGUUAAAGCAUUGCAAUUAUGUCAAGAAUUUUCUUCCAUUCGAGAUUUUGUCGAUUAUUGUUGUCAGUUUGAUGUAACUGAUGAUCAAUAUUCGAGAAUAAAAAAGAUUUUAACACAUCAACAUUUUAGCAUUAUUCAAGCAUUUUUCAUUAACAUGCGAUCCACAUAA